AUGGUACUAAUUCAGUCAUGGCCUCCUCAUUUGGUACUUGCUCCCAUUGCUCAGGCUGAUCCUCCAUUCAUGCCAUUCCGUGAUGCUGGCUAUGCAGUAGCAGAUUUCACUAUGACUAUCCAAGAUGUCGUAUAUGGAGUGUGGCGAGCCAAAGAGCAAAAGCUUUUAGAUUUAAAGGCAUUUAACCUUGAAGAGUACGAACUGUAUGAACGGGUUGACCAAGGUGACUUUAACGAAAUCCCUCCUCAUUUUAUUGCUUUUGCAUCACCCCAGCAAGCUGAUUACGAAUCUCCAUUACCAUACUCGUUUAGCCAAGUUCUAGAUUACUUUGAAGCUCACCAGGUUAAGCUUGUAGUCAGGUUAAACUCGCAUUUAUACAAUAAGGAAGAGUUUGAAGCAAGAGGCAUUAAACACAUAGAUUUAAUUUUUGAUGACGGUACAUGUCCUACGAUGCUUUUCGUGCAAGCUUUUAUUGGUGCUGUUGAGGGCGUCAUUGCACAAAAUGGAAAAGUGGCUGUACACUGUAAAGCAGGCUUGGGCCGUACUGGAUGUCUUAUAGGAGCACAUCUUAUCUACACCUAUGGAUUCACAGCUGCCGAAGCUAUCGCUUAUAUGAGAUUCCUUAGACCAGGAAUGGUUGUAGGACCCCAGCAACAUUGGUUAUACUUGCAUCAGAAUGAAUUCAGAGAAUGGCGUAGAACCAUGUGUGUCUCCAAGAACAGCGACCCAAGCCUGGCUGGAUAUAGCCCACUUGUAGAUGUUGAGAAAGAACUAGGUCAACAUGGUGCCCGUUCUCGAAGAGUACUUGGCACGGGCCAGCCUCCAAAAACUCCAGAAAGAAGUAUCUUGGGAGAAGUAGACAAUACAAAUUCGGCAUUGCCCGUACCAACACCCGGACAGCCAAGAAAGAACAGUCCAUCACCCGCUCAUAGACAGGCAUCCAACCAAUUAUCGGUGCUGAGAGGAAAUGCUAAGCCUCCAAUUGAUGACAAUGAUAACGAAAAUUAUAAUGGAAGAACCAAAAUAGCCAGACCUAUAAAUGGCGGUGCAAACAGCGAUGACGAAGAUUUUGAUGACUUGGUCCUUGCCAACGAGUCUCAACCUCAAUUACUUGUACAAAAGUCUCCUAAAAGAACUGUGACAGAUACUCUGUCCCAACAACAACAAAUAAUAAUGGCCAGGAAGUUACGAUCCACCUCCAAUCCGUCGCCACAAAGGGUUCGUCAGCCAAGACCUCCCAGCUAUCAGUACAAAACAACAACUACUACGACAACCACAACGACCACGCUAUCAUCCUCACCACCUCAGUCACCUGUUGGAGUUUCUGCCAUAGAUGGCCCUCCAUCCGUCACCAGACGUUCUACAAGAUUGGCUAGUGGUUCUGGAGGUGUCCGAAAAGUCAGCGCUGGCACUGUAAGGAGAAAAUAA